AAGGGACAUUCAUACUCAGAGAUCAGUUGCAGACGGAGGAUCCCUGAGGAUAUUGUUUCUCAUCUAUCGCUCCAUUUCAGCGCUUCACGUCCAGGAGAUCAGAAUCUACCAACUGUUUGAGCUUCAGAAAGCAGCUCCUUGCUAACUUGGUGCUUUGAGAGAAUCUUUGGUGAGAAAAUGGCGAUGGCGUUGGAGGUGACCGGGUUUUUGUUGGGCGUUGCCUCCUGGUUGGUUACAGGCACCUCUCUAGCCAACGAUUACUGGAAGGUGUCUUCUUUCUCUGGCAGCGUGAUCAUCUCCAACCGUCAGUAUGAGAACCUCUGGCACUCGUGUGCUGAAGAUAGCAGUGGAAUCGCAGAGUGCCGAGACUUUGAAUCCUUGCUGGCCUUGCCAGUGUUUGUGCAGGUGUGUCGAGCUCUGAUGAUCGUGGCCCUCAUCCUGGGCCUUCUCUCCAUGAUUACGUCCAUCUUGGGACUCAAGUGCAUUCAAUUCGGCAGCACCAACGACCAGACCAAGGCCAAAAUCACUGUAACAGGUGGCAUUCUCUUCAUCCUCGCAGCUCUCUGCACGAUGACGGCCGUCUCCUGGUACGCUGCCCGAGUAGUGCAAGACUUUAGCAACCCGCUAUAUGGAGGAAUAAAGUUUGAGCUGGGUGCUGGUCUGUAUCUGGGCUGGGCUGGAGCCUGUUUGUCUCUGCUUGGAGGAGGUCUGCUCUGCUGUGCCUGCAAAGAAGUGUCUGCAAACCAAUCAAAAGGAGCAUAUUACACGGCCAGCCAAGGCCAGAAGAUCCACAAACCCGUGUCCGACACAGAGACGGCCAGAGCCUACGUUUAAACUCCCAGUUUUCACCCAGACUUCCUUUAUUGUCGUUACUCUGUUGUUUGUUUCAACCCUUUAAACCGCAGACUCAUCAUUUAGUCAUUAAUGUUGGGGCUCAUUAUCCGGUAACUACAGUAACUACCAUGAAACUACUUUGCAAAAUAUGUAGUUUUGGGUGAGGAAUUGCAGUGUGGAGUUUAAGGAGUUAACCCAUUGGUUUUUUUCUACUUUUUAUCUUGUUUUUUUAAUAUUGGGUUGACAAUAAAUGUGAAAAUAAUUCACAAAUUCACAGAAUCUUGUACUGAUGUAGAAUAUCAUGUAAUUUGAUUGCUGUGAUUACUUUGUAUCAUGUUUUUUUUUUUUAAGAGAUGUGAGACCACUUUUUUGUAAGCAGGGUUUCCUCAGGUUCAAUAAAACUGCCUUUGAUGGAC